AUGCCUCCUCGACUACGUCUCCCAACUUACUCGUUAACCUCCUUCAUUUCAUCUUCAGCACUUACUCCUAGGGCAGCGGCUGUUUCACUAUGCCGGGCAUACGCUUCUAAAGCUUCCAAAAACACAAAAACCUCCCCGAGAAAAACCAAAGAUAAAAAAGACAAGAAAGAUAAAAGGAAACAGCGCACAGAGUUCGUACAAUGGAAUCUAAAAGAUGCUCAACAGUUUUCCCUUGUUGAAGCUGUUCGAUACAUUCGAGCGGUGGAAGUUGGCCAUGAUCCAGUACGGACAAAGUACGAACUUGCUGUCAAGCUCAAGACUCCUAAAAAUGGUCCUCAGUUGAGAGACAGAGUACGGCUACCGACACCUGUGAAGACGGACACCAGAAUUUGUGUUAUUGCUGAGGGAAAGGUUGCUCAAGAUGCGCUGAAAGCUGGUGCGACAAUGGCUGGAACCGAUGAAGUUUUUGAUCUUAUUCGAAAUGGGACCUUCGAUUUUGAUUUAUGUCUCUGCCACGACAAAGCCUUCCAAGCGCUUGUCAAGUCAAAAGUGGCCCGUAUCCUCGGCCCCAGAGGUCUUAUGCCUUCCGCUAAGAUGGGCACCGUUGUCAAAAGCCCCACCACAGCAAUUAGCGACCUUGUCGGCAAAGCUACUUAUCGUGAGCGCCUUGGAGUUGUGCGCAUGCCGAUCGGCCAACUCGCGUUCACGGAACAACAGCUACAAGAAAACAUCAAGGCAUUCAUGACACAGCUUAAGAAGGACAUAGCAGGAGUCACACAAGUCUCUAAGAGUAUUGCGGAGGUAGUUUUGAGUUCUACUCAUGGGCCUGGGUUCUCUUUGAGUGGAGAAAUCACUCCACCGAAGGCUUUGGCUUAA